AUGGGAACCUGGUUCUCAAAAAUAUCCGGGGUUCCGUACAUUUUUCCCGAAACAAGCUCCGUAACCUCUCCUCUUCGUCCUCCCCCGAUAGUUUCAUUCCUAUUUCAUUUGUUUUUAUGGAUCCCCUUCGACACCACCCUCUUCUCCAAUGCCCAAACCCUAACCCCCCUCGUCGCCUCCUCCUCCUCCUCCAUUAGGGCCGCGGCGGCGGAGGGCUCGGGGAAGCGGGGGGGUGUGGGGUGCGGGGGGUUUCGCUUCUUGGAUGGGCGCGAACGCGAACCCGAACCCGUCGGGGAACCAGGACGGGGCCUACAGGGCGGCGGCGGCGGCGGCGGCGGGGGCGGCGCCGCCGCUAAUGGAAACCCUAGGAACGGAUGCGUGGCUGCGGCGGUGGGCAAUUCGGCGACUGCACAGGCGCUGAAGCACAACCCGGGGAUAUCGCUCGAGUGGUCGGCGGAGGAGCAAGCCAUGCUGGAGAAGCGGCUUAAUGAGUAUGCAUCUUUGUCAAGUGUAGUUCGUUAUGCAAAAAUAGCCAUGGAAUUGGAGACCAAAACAGUACGAGAUGUGGCCCUGAGAUGCAGAUGGAUGAAUAAAAAGGAGAGCGGCAAGAGAAGGAAAGAAGACCAUAACUUGGCAAGGAAGAACAAAGAUAAAAAGGAAAAGAGUGCAGAUCCUUCAGCUAAACCGUCCUCCUCUCACUUAUCUGGACGGCCUAAUGUUCCUCCAUAUUCCCUGCCAACAAUAUCUAUGGAGGACGAUGACAUCUCAGUUGAGGCUAUUGGAGGUGCAACAGGAAAGCUUCUCCAGCGCAACACCGAGGUCUUAAAUCAGAUUUCUACAAAUAUCAAAACAAUGCAGAUACAGGAUAACAUCUCUCUAUUUUGCCAAAUUCGUGAUAAUCUAGCCACGAUCUUCAAUGAAAUAAAAGAUGUCCCUGAUAUAAUGAACCAGAUGCCGCCGAUUCCGGUGAAGAUAAACGAGGAGCUCGCCAACUCCAUGCUCCCGACGACUCCAUCACCCAUGCAAUCGUGAUAUAUCUCGUGCAACCCCCCCACUGUUCAUUUUGCAAAUAUAGUCUAGUGUUCAGUUCGCUCGGUAGCUCCUCUCUCUCUCUCUCUCUCUCUCUCUCUCUCUCUCUCUCAGUAGUUGGCUUCUUAUCUUUCUCUUUUUUCUUUCUCGAUCGGUUGAUAAUAAUGUAUUUAGCAUGCAAGCCUGUGAAAUAUUAGGAUAACUCUUUUAACUUUCCAAGUUGAUGUAAACCGUGUACAAUAAUAAUAAAUAUUUUUUUGUAAGCAUUAGUUUGUUAGACUGGUGGGAAGGAAAUAAUAAGUUCUCUGU